GCGACGCAAUCGCGCCGUGUCCGUCGGCUGUUUCCAUUGUUCGCGCUGAGAGGAAGGGCACGCACACAGAGGCAGAGUGGACAUUUCGAUAGAGCAGGGCCGCGUGGGGCGGAGGAGGAGGGAGGAUGUACACCCGCAAGCUCAAGCUGCGCGAGCUCAACGCCCACAUCACCUGCCCGCUCUGUCGGGGUUACCUCAUCGAUGCCACCACGGUCACCGAGUGUCUACACACCUUCUGCAAGAGCUGUCUGGUGAGAUACCUGGAGGACCACAACACCUGUCCCACAUGCAAGAUCGUCAUCCACCAGAGCCAUCCGACGCAGUACAUCGGGCAUGAUCGCACCAUGCAGGACAUUGUCUACAAACUCGUGCCGGGUCUGCAGGAAGCGGAGAUGAAGCGACAGCGGGAAUUCUACUGGACGCGCGGCUUGGAGAUGCCAGGUGACGCUAAAGGCGAGGUGAAUGGGGAGGAGACGCCGGAGAGGAAACCCAAGGCAGAGGAGAACGGAGAGGAGGAUGACGGAGACUACCACCGCACGGACGAGCAGGUGAGCGUGUGCCUGGAGUGUCACAGCGGCAAGCUGAAAACCCUCAAGCGCAAAUGGAUUCGCUGUUCGUCACAGGCCACAGUUCUGCAUCUCAAGAAGUUUCUCGCCAAGAAACUCAACCUCCCCUCCUUCAACGAGCUCGACAUCCUGUGUAACGAGGAAAUCCUGGGCAAGGACCACACACUUAAAUUCGUCGUCGUGACACGCUGGAGGUUUAAGGUAACUGGCAUGGCAGAGACGAUGAUAAUGAUGAUGACAACGGCGAUGAACCUUCACGGCCGGGUUGGACACCCUGAUUAGGGCACUAAACUGGAAAUCCGAAAGUUGUGAUACCACCGCUGCGUAGGUUUUCGCUGCUGUGCAAUUCUCCGAUGUGUUUUCUGGUUGUGCCGCGUGUUAUUUGGCACCAGUGUCCGACAUUUUGCUCCACAUGUCGGGCAAUGAAUUACUGAAAUAAUGGGAUAGCUCAGCUACAGCGUUAUUCUGUGACGUGCCCGACUGUGCUUGCCCGAGUCCGCUGGACCGGAUGAGAGGGACCGGUGGUCGUGGUGGUGGCGGCGGUGGUAGCGGCGUGGUCAUAGGUCUGUCCAGCUGGGGGCGCCACCGCCUGCGUUAUUGUUCCCCCCGCAGUCGAAGGCGCCGGGUGCUCGGCUCUCGCCGUGCCCUGUGGUGAGCUCGCGUGAGGCGGCCAUGCCGCCGACUCUCGGCAACUGCUGCCAGAGAGGCUGCCGAGCACCGAGGAGCGAAGCUGGCUGUGUCAACGUUCCAUCGAUUCCAAUGGGUGCCGACGAUCGCGACGUGUGAAUCCAAUCGUUUGCGAGAGCAUAGAUUUUUUUACGUAUGCUAAAUUAUAUGACUAUGAGACGCUAAUUUUACAUUGAGGCUAAUGCCACGCACAACACUGUUCAGACGAGAUUGAUUUUAAAAGGAGAACCAAUGCAAAUUAGAUAGUAAAAAAUGUAUUGAAUACAGGAAUUUAUUUUGUAAUGAGGAAUUUGUUUUUUUAAUCACGACCUAACGAUCUGCAAUUGUGACGAUUCAUUGAACAAUUCUGGGGGUGAAUCUUUGGGAUGCCUCACGAAAUCAACGGCACGGAAAGCUGAAGGUGCAAACUGUGGGCUGCAAAAGCAAUGGCGCGGCACAUUCACUAACGCAGGAGCUGCGAGUCUUGGUUCAAAACGAGGUGCACAUCAGGAGUCUAGGUUCUAAACGAGGUGCAGAGCCAGGAGUCUAGGUUCUAAAAGAGGUGCACAGCAGGAGUCUAGGUUCUAAACGAGGUGUUGAGCCAGGAGUCUAGGUUCUAAACGAGGUGUAAAACCAGGAGACUAGGUUCUAAACGAGGUGUAGAGCCAGAAGUCUAGGUUCGAAACGAGGUGCACAGCAGGAGUCUAGGUUCUAAACGAGGUGUAGAGCCAGGAGUCUAGGUUCUAAAUGAGGUGUAGAGCCAGGAGUCUAGGUUCUAAACGAGCUGCAGAGCCAGGAGUCUAGGUUC